AUGGCGCACAUAAAUACCAACUUCCGUAUUAAAGAAAAUGAUUCAUCUUCGAAAUUUAUUCUAUACUUGACAACAAUCUCUUUUGUCGUAACUUAUAUUCGCACGUAUCCCGAGGUGAUUAUACAAAAAAAUUUUAAAAAUACGCAUCAAUUAAAGGAUCAUAAUGCAGAAUUGUUGGAAAGAAUUUUGUGUAAUCGUCGUGAAGAUGAGGUUUCUUUUUUUCUUAGAAUUCUGGGAUAUGAUAAAUAUAAUAUAAUGAACGUACUGUACUCUCUAACAUCUGAACUCAACCCUAAAUUGGAUUUUGUCCUUCGUCUACUGUUUCAACGAUCUUCGCAAUACAGGAUCCCGGAUUUUAUUAUAAAUAUUGAUAAAAUUACAUCUUAUUUUUUAAUCGCUAAUUUUUUUAACGAAGAAAUGUUCACGUUUGUACGCCCAUUAAAUAGAGGAAGUAAAGCUACUAGAUUUUUAAUAGCAUCAAAUAAUGCCAAAUUUAGUACAUUCGGUGCCUUGCAAAAAGGCCAUGCGAAUAGCCAAACACAUUAUAAUAAUAUUUUAACGGAAUCCCAUGGAAAAGUUGGUUUAAUUACUUUAAAUCGCCCAAAAGCAUUAAACGCUUUAUCAAGCGAUUUAUUCCAUGAAGUUAAUGAUGCUCUACUAAAGUAUGACGAUGAUUCCAACAUCGGUGCUAUUGUGAUUACCGGCAACGAACGUGCUUUUGCAGCUGGAGCUGAUAUUAAAGAAAUGUCGGACCAAACAUUCGCUCAGGUUUAUAAAUCUAAUUUUCUUGGACAUUGGGGAAAAAUUAAUGAUAUCAAGAAACCAACUAUCGCUGCCGUCAAUGGUUUUGCCUUGGGCGGUGGAUGCGAAUUGGCCAUGUGUUGUGAUGUAAUUUAUGCAGGUGAAAAAGCAACUUUUGGACAACCAGAAAUCAAGUUGGGCAUCAUUCCAGGCGCUGGAGGAACCCAACGAUUAGUUAGAGCAAUAGGAAAAUCUAAAGCGAUGGAAAUUGUAUUGUCGGGUCGUAAUUUUAGUGCUCAAGAAGCUGAAAGGUGGGGUCUGGUUAGUAAAAUAUUGCCUAUCGAUAAAGUGCUUGAUGAAGCUAUUAAAUUGGGUCAAGAAAUUGCAAAUCUUUCUCAACCGGCUGUUCAGGCUGCAAAAGAAUCAAUUAAUGCAGCAUUUGAAUUAUCAUUGAAAGAAGGAUGUCACUUUGAAAGGAGAUUAUUCCAAAGCCUUUUUUCAUUGAACGAUCAAAAGGAAGGAAUGAGCGCUUUCGUUGAAAAGCGAGAAGCCAAAUGGACAAAUGACUAG